AUGGAAGGUUACACUUGGACUGGGACUCGACACUUGUAUACUGUGAAAACUAGAAUUGACCGGGCAGUAGCAAAUUACCAUUGGCUUGAUAUGUUUCCCACUGCAUAUGUUCAGAUUCUACCUUGGAAUGGCUCUGAUCAUUGCCCCUUACUAAUUCAUACUGAGCUGUAUCGCAAAGUUGGCUACAAGAUGUUUCGCUACGACAAUAGGUGGAAGUGCAAUCUAGAGGUACGUGAUUUAGUUGCCAAAACCUGGAACACUCACUGCUCCACGAUCCCACGUGUUAUUUUCAGUAAAGCCAUUGCUAAGUGUCGUGUUGCCUUAUCUAGAUGGAAAAGUUCUACGAUUCAAAAUUCUCAAAAACAAAUUGUCGAACUACGGAAUCUACUUAAUACUGCUUAUGAGGCUUCUCAGUUAGAUUAUAAUCUUAUUCAUUCCUUAAAGUCUCAACUGCAGUUUCAGUACAAGAUGGAAGAAGAGUAUUGGAAAUUGAAGAGUAGGAUUCUUUGGUUGCAAGUUGGUGCUCGUAACACUAGAUAUAUUCAUGCCAAAACAAAGCAACGCCGAGCUUUUAAUAGGAUCCUACAUCUGCGUAAUGAAAAAGGUCAUCACUUUUCUAAGCCUGAAGAUUUAACCACUUAUGUCGUUUCUGAUGAUAUUCAAAGGAUCUUGCAAUUACGUCCAAGCAUCACCUCAGCAGAUGAUGUUCUUACAUGGGCCUACACGGCUCAAGGGUCAUACUCAGUUAAGUCUGGAUAUUAUAUCCAAAGGCGUUUAAUAACUGAGAACACUGUACCGGAAUGCCAAUCCACACGAAUCCCUGAUGAAGUUAAACAGUGGCGUGUUGCUCAUAAUAGUUUACAUGUUUCUGAUAAUCUUAAGAACCGUAGAUUGAACGAUGGCGUAUUUGGAAGAUGCGUAAUAAUCUUUUCUUUGAACAAAAGAGAGAUCAUCACUCAUACCAUUUGGAUGGCAUUUAUAGACGAACAGCAAUGGGAAGACUCGCUUCAUUUGGAGUUGUCUGAUGCACCUCAUGCCUUUACAUCUGAAGUUCCUUUAAUUCAUGAUGUUAUAGAAGACAGUUCUGCCUACUACUGUUUAGUUGAUGCAUCUUGGGCAUUGGAUGGUCCUUAUACAGCAAAUAAGGCAUUCAAUUGCUUUAGGGUAAUACGUCUAUACCGCAGACGCAAACUUCUCUUCAGGCAGAAUGAAUAUCAUUACUUAUGGCUAUUCAACGUGAUUGCAAAGUCUUAUAUUUUCUCCUUGCUUCUCAUGGUGGAGGAAACCCGAUCAAUGGCAAAAUUCUAUCCUCAUCCUCCAUUGCAAUUCUGUUUACUUCAUGUAGUAGAUAAACUAGCGAAGGAAGCUCGACGCCACUGUAAAGAGUACUGUAUUAAG